GAUCUCCGCCUGGCGUGAACAGCCAUUAGAUCAGCAGCAAUCCGGCCGCAUGCCCGCAUCCGUGCGACUCGUCGGUAGUCGGCUUCUGCGGCUCUUAGCUCCAUUUCAAAAUUCUUUGUAACAAAAUCACUCGUUAACGGUAAUAGUACUUUUUUAAAUUUCCAGUUAACUAAGAUAAUAGAGAACAACAUGGAGAUGGAAUUGAUCAGACCUGAUAACCCCAGCCGCUGCACAUGGAAGCUGAAUAGUACGGACAGUCCGCAUACGGAUCGGAGCAAGCAAAUGGACAGGAAUACAUUAUUGCCGAAUAUCUUGCAUACUAUUGGACAGACGCCACUUGUUCGCCUUAACAAGAUUCCAAAAGCUCAUGGCAUUAAGUGUCAAAUGUUCGCUAAAUGCGAAUUUAUGAACCCUGGAGGUUCAGUGAAAGAUCGCAUUGGAUUCAGAAUGGUUGAAGAUGCAGAAGCAAAGGGAAUUUUGAAGCCUGGCUGUACACUCAUUGAACCAACAAGUGGAAAUACUGGAAUAGGAUUGGCGAUGGCAGCGGCUGUCAAAGGUUACAAGUGCAUCAUAGUUAUGCCGGAGAAGAUGUCUAAUGAGAAGGUCUAUACUCUUCGCGCCUUAGGCGCCGAAAUCGUACGUACUCCUACCGAAGCCGCAUGGAACAGCCCCGAAGGACACAUUGCAACAUCUCAAAGGCUUCAAAAGACAAUUCCUCAUAGCGUUAUUUUAGAUCAGUAUACGAACUCGGGGAAUCCUUUGGCUCAUUACGACACGACUGCACUUGAGAUUUGGGAGCAGGCAGAAGGAAAAAUCGAUUACAUGGUUGCUGGAGCAGGAACCGGGGGAACUAUCAGUGGCAUUGGCCGAAAACUACGAGAAUUAUCGCCUCACACGAAAAUUAUUGCCGUAGAUCCAGAAGGAAGUUUACUAGCAGAGCCCGCCGAAUUGAAUGAUACUGCAGUGCAGUUUUACGAUGUAGAAGGCAUAGGAUACGAUUUUGUUCCUACCGUUUUGGAUCGCAACGUUGUAGAUGUUUGGGUCAAAACGAAAGAUAUUGACUCAUUCCACUUAGCCAGGCAGCUUAUAAAGGAUGAGGGAUUACUCUGUGGCGGAAGCAGUGGUGCUGCUUUAUACGCAGCACUUCAAAUUGCCAAGGGUCUGCCAGAAGACAAGCGAGUCGUCGUUCUUCUGCCAGAUGGAAUCCGUAACUAUAUGACGAAAUUUGUUUCCGAUUUGUGGAUGGAAUCUAGAAAUUUCUUGGAUCCCCCCAAACCAGUAGAAAGCAACAAGUGGUGGUGGGAUUUACCUGUUUCUAAAAUACCAUUCAAGAAACCUGUUAUUCUCUCAAAUGGUUCUACAUGUGAUGAAGCAGUAAAAAUACUGAGAAACGGAAGUUUCCACCAAAUGCCAAUGGCAGAUGCUGAAGGCAACAUCAAGGGCUUUAUCACUUUGGAUAAAGUUCUGAGUAGCCUCAUUGCUGGAGAAGUGAAAGAAUCCGAUCCAGCGGAAAAGGUUCUCAUUAAGCAGUAUAGAAAAGUCGCUACUGCCACAACUUUAGGAAGAUUAUCUAGAAUGCUUCAGAAAGACAUUUAUGCGGUUGUCCUAGAUGAACACAACAAUGGUGCUCUUAUAGGAAUUUUGACUCAAAUCGAUCUCUUAGAUUACAUUUGCAAUGGACCUCAUUAAUAUCUUUGAAUAGAAUAUUAGUGCAUUAAGCAUUGAUUAUCCUAUAAAAUUUGUAUCAUGUAUUUAUGGUUUGAUUUUAUAUAUACAGUGAUUUUUUACAGACUGAUGUUUUGUACUAAUUUUUAAUGGAUACAAUUUUAUAACCAUCUUCUACAUAAAAUUUUUUUUUAAGGUGGAAUUCCAAUUACUUUCUUUUUUUUCAUCCCUUACAUUAUGUAUAACCAAAUUUUGGAGGCUUGAUUAUAUUGAUAACAAACGGUUAAACACCGAAUUUCAGCUAUUGUCAUCAAUGAAUAUUUAAGUUAUGACAUCAAAAAUAAUAAAGAUUAAAAUUCAAGGAUUAUGAUAUAGUUGCUUGCGCAAAAGAUUUAAACUGAAUAAAUUAAAAAAAAUUUUA